AUGCAGUUUCCACCCGUACAAAACUCUAGGUCCGAUGUCACGAUCCAUGUCGAAACGAAAGCUGGAUUCAUACUGAAUUUCGAAGAGCGCUCUGUCAAACUUUUCAUUUUAAGGGAGAAGCGACAACCAGCCGAGUGGAUUCCACGUCCACCGGAGCGAUAUGCCCUCACUGGACAUCGAGCUCCAAUUACUCGUGUGAUAUUUCAUCCUGUGUGGAGUGUGAUGGCGAGUUGUAGUGAGGAUUCCACAAUUAAAAUUUGGGACUAUGAAACUGGUGAAUUUGAGCGCUCUUUGAAGGGACACACGGAUUCGGUGCAGGACAUUGCUUUCGAUAAAACAGGAAAAAUGCUCGUGUCAUGCUCGGCUGAUAUGUCGAUCAAAGUUUGGGAGUUUGGCGGUUCAUACGCUUGUGUCAAAACAUUGAAAGGACACGAUCACAACAUUUCAUCAGUUUGCUUCUUGCCCUCCGGUGAUGCAAUUUUGUCAGCAAGCAGGGAUCACACCAUCAAACUCUGGGAGUCAGUAAUGGUUUGGUCGCUGCAAUCGAAGAGUGUGAAAGCAACUCUACGUGAGCAUGAGCAUGUCGUUGAAUGCAUUGAAUGGGCUCCGGACACCGCUUUGGCGCCUAUCAGGACAGAAGUCGUUAGUGGUUCGAGAGAUAAAAUGAUAAAAAUUUGGGAUGCUCUGACGGGUACGGUGAUGUUCUCGUUGAUUGGACACGAUAAUUGGGUGAGAGGUCUUCGUUUCCAUCCUCGUGGCAAGUUCCUUGUCUCAGUUGGUGAUGACAAAACGUUACGAGUAUGGGAUAUAGCACAGCGACGUUGUGCUAAGACAAUUGAUGCGCAUCAACACUUCGUGACUAGCGUAGGUGAGUAG